CACUCGCGCGGGGCGCCGCCAUGAGCCUGGACAUCCAGUGCGAGCAGCUGACGGACGCCCGCUGGACGGAGGUCCUGCCGCUCAUCCGGCAGUCCGAGGUGGUCAGACUGGACGACUGUGGCCUGACAGAGGGCCGCUGCAAAGACAUCAGCUCUGCCCUGCAGGCCAACCCUUCCCUGACUGAGCUCAGCCUGCGCACCAACGAGCUGGGCGAUGCUGGCGUGCACCUGGUGCUACAAGGCCUGCAAGCCCCGACCUGCAAGAUCCGAAAGCUCAGCCUCCAGAACUGCUCCCUGACAGAGGCCGGCUGUGGAGUCCUGCCCAGUGCCCUGCGCUCCCUGCCCACCCUGCGUGAACUGCAGCUCAAUGACAACCCCCUGGGGGAUACAGGCCUGCGGUUGCUCUGCGAAGGACUUCUGGAUACCCAGUGCCACCUGGAAAAGUUGCAGCUGGAAUACUGCAACCUGACUGCUACAGGCUGCGAGGCCCUGGCGUCCGUGCUCCGGGUCAAGCCCAACUUCAAGGAGCUUGUGGUGAGCAACAACAGUAUCGGCGAGGCGGGUGCUCGAGAGCUGUGCCAGGGCCUGGCCAAGUCCACCUGCCAGCUGGAGACGCUCAAGCUGGAUAGCUGCGGCCUCACAUCAGCCAACUGUAAGGACCUAUGUGGCCUGAUUGCCUCCAAGGCCUCACUGAGUGAGCUGGACCUGGGCUUUAACAAGCUGGGGGACGCAGGUAUUGCUGAGCUCUGCCCAGGGCUGCUGAGCCCCAGCUCCCAGCUGAAGACCCUCUGGCUUUGGGAGUGUGACAUCACCAGCAAAGGCUGCAGAGAUAUUUGCCGAAUUCUGGGGGCCAAGGAGAGCCUGAAGGAACUCAGUCUGGUGGGCAACAACCUGGGGGACGAGGGUGCCCAGUUGCUGUGUGAGCGCCUGCUGGAGCCCAGCUGCCAGCUGCAGUCCUUAUGGGUAAAGGAGUGCAGCUUCACCGGCGCCUGCUGCCAGCACUUCAGUGCGGUGCUGGCCCAGAACAAACACCUUGUGGAGUUGCAGUUGAGCAACAACAAGUUGGGGGACACUGGUGUCCAGCAGCUCUGCCAGGCCCUGUCCCAGCCCAGCACAAGACUGCAGAUACUCUGCCUGGGGGACUGUGAAGUGACAGACAGCAGCUGCAGGGCCCUUGCUGCUCUCCUCUGCACCAACCAGAGUCUGAAAGAGUUGGACCUCAGCAACAAUGGUCUGGGCGACCCCGGUAUCCAGCUGCUAGUCACCAGCCUGGAGCGUCCUGACAGCCACCUGGAACAGCUCGUCCUGUAUGACAUUUACUGGUCGGAGGCUAUGGAAGAUCGCCUACGGGCCCUGGAGGAGAGCAAGUCCAACCUGAAGGUCAUCUUCUGAGCACCCCCACUCAUCUCCCGCCCUGUAGCAGCCGUGCCUUACCCCCACCUGGGGCCUUCACGCUUGAUUCCUAGCUUUGAAAAAACAGAUCAACAGCUCCAAGAGAAUGUCAGACUUUAUCACCAUUAAAGCACUGUUGCGGCAUAGGGCUGCUCGUCCCUCCAUGGCAG